AUGACGAGAUACGGUGUGGUAAACCGCAGCAGUGUGGUUACACUACUACUUGGUUUAUUGCUGCUGGCUACUACUACUUCCAGUGCAACGGCUCAGACGACAGUUGGUAUUCCAGGACUAUUUGAAGUGAACUUUUCCCUGCCAGAUGAAGUAAACGACGCCAUUGAAGAUGUCGGUGACUUUUUUGGUGAAUUACUGGGCGACGACGAUGAUGACAGCGUCGGCGACGACGACGACGACGCCUUUGACUUGUUUGGCGGCUUGGAAAACUUUACCCUCGACAUUGACUUUGACGAGCUGUUCACGGAUCUGGGUGAAUUCAUUGGAGAAUCUCUGAGAAAUUUUACGCUUCCAGCCGAGCUACAAGAUUUGUUUAGUCUUCCCGAAUUUGACGAUGUGGAAUUUUCGUUUGGUGGAAACUGCACGCUCUGCGAUGUACCCAAUAUGACACUGAAUGGAACAGUCGACAGCAUUCCCUGCAAAGAUUGGGAACUUGUGGCAAAACUGGGAAUUGUGGAUGGAACCACACAGUGCGACUUGUUACGAGUGGUUGCCGCUGAACACUGCGGUUGUCCGGUGCCAGAUGUCAAUGAGGGCAGAACGUGUCCCAUUUGUCCCGGAGAGGGAGAAGAACCGGGUGUCUACCCUGGCAGAUUUCUGGAUACCGUGGGUGUCACAUGCUGGGAUCUGUUGAAUCCUCCAGCGGUAGAUGGAAACCAGACUUGCAAUACCAUUGAGACCAUUGCUUCUCAAUGCCUUUGUAGCGUUAUCACAGAGACACUGCCGCCAGAAGUGGAUAGAGCCGUUUCCCGUGCUGUAACAAGCGCCGCAACAACAACAACCAGCACACAGUCUCUAGCCUUGGUUAUUCUGGCUGUGGCAUCUUGGAGCAUGCUAUUGUUAUAA